CAUCUGUAGGAAUAAUAACCAACUAACGCCAUCUUUCGAAGAUACCGUUGAAUUCGCUACUGCUCGUUACAAUCAACUGCAACUCAGAAUCGCACGGAAUGGCACGCGGAUAGUUGAAAGUUUUUCAUGUUUAUUUAUAUAUUUUUCGCGAACGCUAUAUAACGAGAUAUAGCGAUGGCGUCGGCUUACAUCAAGGACGAGUCAGGUGGCACCUUUAUCCCAGCAAGCCAAAGACCUGAUGGUACGUGGCGUAAGCCAAGACGUGUGAAGGAUGGAUAUAUUCCUCAAGAAGAAGUUCCACUGUAUGAAAGUAAAGGAAAACAGCUGAUAAAGAAACCUUUAUAUCCCGUGGGUGCCAGUCCAGAAUUUAUAGCAGAGCAUAAAGCAAAACAGGAGGCUCUGGCAGCAAAAAACAAAGUAACACCCGGUACACAAGGAAAAGCUGAAGAAGGGAAAAAGAAGAAGAAAAAAAACAAAUCUAAGACUACCGAACCUGUUACUUGGAAAGUAAUAACCGAAGGACUGUCUAGCAUAACAACCACAGAACCUGAGCUUUCUAAAGCUGUUCCACCUCACAAUAAUAAGUCAAUGUGCACUAUGAAAAAAGCUACAACAAAUAAUAUAAUUACGGACAAUGCAGAUACUUUGCAGAAAUCAACGGCUGAUCCACAAAAGAGAUUGAAAAAUCUGCGCAAGAAAGUAAGGGAAAUAGAAGCAUUAGAAGAAAAGAUCAAAACUGGAGCUUUGAAAAAUCCUGAAAAAGAAAUACUUGAUAAAGUGGCACGGAAAACAGAGAUUUCUAAAGAAAUAAAAAUAUUAGAGGCUGCUCUCAGUUAGAAGUCCAGUCUAUAGAACAGAAAUUUAUUAGUGCCAUCGAAUAACAUCUCAUAAAAUCUUGUCAAUAACAAAACACACAAACUACAUACAUAUAUAAGCCAUGAAAAUCUUUAUUCCUUUUAAUGAUUACAUGGCAAUUUUAAUAUUUCACCAUUCAGCUCACAAGUUUUCUCUCUCUCUCCCCUAGGUCAUCCCUUUAUUCAACCCAUCCAUCCAUCCACAGUAAAAAGAUAUCUAUUAUAUCCAGAUAUACAUAUAUUCACACACACACACACACAUAUACAUUCACAACAAGGCGAUGGUAU